AUGAAGCGUCGACGAACAGAGGUAUCCACUGAGGACUACAUAGGCAGUGGGAAAGUCUACGUAGUGCUUGAAGGGGCCUGUCUUGAAGCCGCUCGGGUCGAUAAAGGAAAGCGGCGCCAAGGUGCCGCGGAGCCGCUUGUGCUGCUCUCGGGCGAGGAGCACGCCACCUUCAUUACCCGAUCAUUGGGGAGCGAUCCCGCGAAAUAUCGCCCAGACAUCACACAUCAUUGUCUGCUGAAUCUGCUGGACUCUCCUCUGAACAAAGCGGGUCGGUUGCGUGUGUUCAUACACACGGAAAAGAACGUUCUCAUCGAAGUGCACCCUAGAGUGCGGUUACCGCGCACGUUUCGUCGCUUUAGUGGACUUGUUGCGCAGCUGCUAGAGAAACGUCGAAUUUUGGCGACGAACUCAAAUGAAAUACUGAUGAGAGUGGUGCCGAAUCCCAUUGCGAAACAUCUCCCCGUGGGAUGCCGUAAAAUCCUCCUCACGGAUACGAGCGAAAAACUUCGAGAUAUUCGUGAACUUGCUGUUCAUGAUAUAGCCAAUGAUGAGGAUGUGGCUUUUGCUAUUGGUGCGAUCAGCCACGGGGAUAUUGCUCCCGACUGGACCGAGGAGCACAUGGCCAUUAGCGCAUAUGCAUGUUCUGCCGCAACCAUUUGCAGUCGCGUUUGCCAUGCGUUUGAAGGAAGGUACGGAAUCCUCUGA